UCCUUUUACAUUAUUCUCGCAGCGAAAAUACGCAAAAAAUGAUUUUCCAUCAAGUUUUAUAAUUUUUAACGCGUUUCACCUGUUUGUUCUACCUGGUUGUGUGUUGUUACGUGUUGUAGAAAGUGCCUCGAGGUGCGACUUUGUUUUUACCUGGAGCUUUUGUUUGAGCGCGGUCGAACGCGAUGGGAAAUUCUCACAGCGGCAAGGCGGGUGGACAUUCCGGCGGAGUGGCCACCGCAGUUCAGUCCAAUCCGAACGGGCAGGUGCAGGAGCAUCCUGCCGGAGGAAGUGGCCCCUCGGUGAAGGGCAUGAGCCGCACGGCGAGUGGGGCGGAUCUGCACGACCGCGCCCAGGCCCAGUACCAUCCGGUGGACAAACUGGGCAAGAUUCUGGCCAAAAAGUGCGACGACGAGCGCGGGAUUAACGGCGUGACCGGGGAUGUUUUCGCGCGCUACGUUUUUCCGAAAUUUCCGGAUCUGGGCAUGAAGCUGUUCCAGUACUUGCGCCACAGCAGCCGGGCCAAAACGGACCACCUGGGGGUAACGGCCUUCCGGCAGCAGUGUGAAAAGUUCCUCGGAAUCCUGGACGAUUCGGUCAUUCUGGAGAGCUACGUCAAGAUGUUUGGCGAUUUGAACGAUCAGAACGAGCUGAUCAAGCCGGAAAAUUUGAAGGAACUGCUGCGAACCUGCUACAACCUGUCGAUGUCCACCUACCAGGACGGGCCGCAGUCGUGCCGUUUGAAGGAAGAUGAUGAGGAAUCGCUGGAUCGCACCCUAAAUUCCGUCGUUCAGUCGUGCUUCUUUUCGAAGGAAUCGCUCAGCUCGGGCUACAUUUGCCGGUGGCUGGAGAACAACGUUCCGCGGUUGGUUCCGCCGAUCCACAAGUAUUGCGUGCACGCCCUCAGCACCUCUCACCGGACCAUCAUCGACAAGAACAUGAAGAACAACAGCGACACCGUGGUUUCAAUCAGUGCGAUCAACGCCGGCGAAAGCAGCUACGGCCUGGAACUGCAAACGCCAAUCCUGGAGAAGGCCAGUCCCAACUUUGCGGCAAACGGUGCGACCGGCACGACGUCCAACCCGGGCAAGCCGCUGACGCAGGCCGACCGCGAAAGAAUGAUCAUCCAGCAGCCGCUGUUGCCACUGUCCGAGGCGUGGCUGCUGGCCGGAGCCCUGCCGCAGAUCUACUCGCGACCGCAGUCGAUCCAAUCGCCGCACAACGCGAGCUCGACCAACCUGGCCUCCCAGGUCUUCAUGGCCAAGCUCCUCUCGAUGAUGCCCUCCCACUGGACGCUGCUGUACGACUCGCGCCAGGACGGAGCCGGAACGAACCGGUUCCUGCACCACGUGCUCGGCUAUCGCGGCCCGAACCUCGUCCUGUUUCGCUGCGACGACGACCUGCUGUUUUGCGUGGCCAACGCGCAAGAGUGGCGCGAAACGCACCUCUACUACGGCUCCGAGGACAGCUGCUGUGUCCAGUUGCUGCCCAAAUUCGUGAUGUUGGAGCAAAAGCCCAAAAGUCUCUACCUGAACACGCACAUCCGAGGCUACCCGAAGGGGCUCCGCGCCGGCUCGGACCCGCGCAAGCCCAUCCUGAUCGUGGACGAACACUUUGAGAAGCUGGAGCAUCGUGGCCUGCAGCACAAAAUCCUCUCCAUCGAGGUGUGGGGCUGCGGCAAUACGCAGCAGCGCGAGGUCCAGCUGGACAUUAAAAACUGGCAAAUUAAGGAGGCGGAACGGCAACGGACGGUGAAGCUGACCGCGGCCGACUGGAUCGACCACCCGGAUCGGUACCUGCUGGAGCUGGGAGGGCGGCAGAAUUACAACAAUUCGUCGUCCUAAAAA